UAUAAAUGCCCAACCAUCUUCCCCUUCCCUUCCCAACAUUCUCACCUCCUUUCUUCCCCCGCAAACUUUCCCGGAAAAUAUUGAAAUUUUCUCGCCCCAAACAAACGCCCUUUAAUUUUCCUUUCCAAUGGGGAAGCUGAAGCUGUUUGAUCUGGAGAAGAACUUGGGGUUCCACAAGGCGUACCACGGCAACCCAGUGAACGUCUGGAUACACCUGCUGUUCGUGUGGCCACUCUUCUUCACCACCCUUGUUCUCUUCUAUUUCACUCCCCCUCUCUUCGAGUGCCCAUUUAAGUGCCGCCUUGGCCUGGUUCCAAAUUUUGGGCUCAUCUUCACCUUGGUAUACGUUGUGUACUACGUGUGUUUGGAUAGGAAAGCUGGGACUCUGGCUGCUUUCCUCUGUUUGGCCUGUUGGGUCUCUGCCAGUCUUCUUGCUAAGAAUCUCGGCUUCUCUCUUUCUUGGAAGAUUGUUCUGGCAACUCAGUUGUUCUGUUGGUCAACACAGAUAAUUGGCCAUGCUAUUUUUGAGAGCCGUUCACCAUCUGUGCGGGAUAACCUGGCUCAAGCCCUCCUUAUGGUUCCCUUCUUAGUAUUACUCGAUGCCUUACAGAUUUUCUUUGGCUACGAACCAUAUCCAGGGUUUAAUGCGAGUGUGAAAGCAAACAUAGACGCUGAAACUAGAAAAUGGCAGGACAACAAAGAGAAGAAAAUUUCAUAACUUGAUUUGGGUCAAUAAUUGAAUGAUAUAGGCCUCAAUUACAAAAUGUAAACGGAUUGAGAAAAUAAAUCAGCAUGUACCUUGUUAGACUGUUCCCUCAUAUAUGAAUUUCUAUUUGAAUGUUUUCCUA